CAAGUGCGAAUCAGCGGACGUAUUUUUGAAUAAGCCAGCAGUGAGCGCAGAAGUGACUGGAACAAACGGUUUUACCAAAAUCGUGGAAGAUUUGCUGGAUGAAGCGUGUAAUUUCGGCAUGAAGGGGAGGAGUUGAAGGAGAAAUUGUGUGAUUGAAAUACUUAAUAGGACCAUUGUUGGACGAUUUGUUCGCGGUGUGGCCACUGUGCUGAGGGCAGACUGAUUCUGAAAGGAAGUAAAUUUCAGCGCAGCUUUGUCAGUUGAAGUGUUUUCGUGAGAGAAGACAGUACUGCUGCAUACCAGAUGAGUUGAACGUAACGCAGAUUUCGGGAAGUUUGGUGAAGCAUAACUAAUCUGCACGAUGAAGAAUGCAACAAUUCUGCUAGUAUCACUAGCAGUUUUUGUCCAGCAACUAAACGCACUACCCCAGCAGGUGGUAGCUAACGAUGUCCUGUCCGAAGAAGAAAUGAUCGCCACUUUGCAGGCAUACGAUCAGGAAGUUCGUCAGCACUGCAAUCGGCAAGUGCAGGCCAACUGGAACGUCGCCACCGAUACUGAGAACAAGGACUACGAGGUGGAGCAGAAUGCGGCCUCACUUGCCUACGCAGCGUUCCGGAAUGAUUACUACGAACGAUUUUUCAAGGAUGCGCCCGUGGAGAACUACAAGGAUGAAAAGAUCCGCAAGCAGUUGCGACUGUUGAAGGACCUCGGAACUGCAGCGCUGCCGACGAGCAAAUUGGAGGACUACAACAGGGUCAUGCGACGAAUGGACGGUGCAUACCAACUGGCUGAGAUUUGUCCUUACGAUAAUCAGCAGUGCUCUGGGGAUGCUGCCAAGUGGACACUGGAUCCGGAGAUGGAACACGUGCUUGCCACAUCGAACGAUUACAACGAACUGGCGUAUGUUUGGAGACGUUGGCGUGAGGAAUCGGGCAAGAAGAUGCGCUCGGACUACAAGGAGUAUGUGGAUUACGUCAACGAAGCGGCCAAGUUGAAUGGGUACGCCGACUAUGGAGAGCUUUGGCGCUCGCGAUACGACGACUCUGAUUUGCGCGGCACUUUGGACAGAUUGUGGAAGGAAGUGGAGCCGCUGUACAACGAACUGCAUACCUACGUGCGGUACAAGCUGCUGGAUCGUUAUGCUGAUCACAUGGAUCGGGACAAUAAGAUGAUUCCAGCUCACAUACUCGGAAACAUGUGGGCACAAUCGUGGGUAAACUUGUACGACCGGAUCAAACCUUUUCCGGAAGGUAGUUUAGUUGACGUUACGGCCAAGAUGAAGGAAUUGGGUUACAACGCAAGCGUCAUGUUUGAGAUGUCCGAUGAGUUCUACAAAAGUAUGGGACUGCCUAGCAGUGCGAUGAGUUACGGUCCUAAGGCAGUGAUUGAAAAGUUGCCCCACAAGAUGGUUUGUCACGCCUCGGCUUGGGACUUUUGCGAUGGUGAGGACUUCCGGAUUAAGAUGUGCACAAAUGUCAAUAUGGAGGACUUUAUAACUGUGCAUCACGAAAUGGGACACAUCAUGUACUACAUUCUAUACAAGGACCAACCACAGAUGUUUAGAACCGGAGCAACUCCAGCGUUCCAUGAAGCGGUUGGCGAUACGAUCGCCCUGUCCGUCUCAACUCCAAAGCAUCUUCUGAAGGUUGGACUUUUGGAGGAGUAUGCUGAUUCUGAGGCGGACAACAUCAACGCCCUGUUUGAGAUGGCACUGGAACGCGUUGCGUUCCUUCCGUUCGGUUAUCUGAUCGACUUGUGGCGUUGGGAUGUUUUCAGCGGAGCCGUAAAUGAAUCCGAGUGGAACAAUCACUGGUGGAUUCUUCGCGAGAAAUACCAGAAAGUGUACGCUCCAGUGCAGCGCUCGGAAGAGGAUUUCGAUCCCGGUGCAAAAUACCACAUCCCGGCGAAUUCUCAGUACAUUGCUUAUUUCCUGGCACACAUCUUGGAGUUCCAGUUUUACCGAUCACUCUGCAUCGAAGCCGGUCAGUACAAACCGAACGAUCCCACUUCGGAACCGUUGCACAAGUGUGACUUCUACAACAGUAAAGCGGCAGGUGACAAGCUGAGGGAAGGAUUGCAACUGGGAUACAGUGAAGACUGGACACUUGCACUGGAGAAACUAACCGGAGGUCGUGAAAUCAGUGGUCAGGCGUUGUUGGAGUACUUUGCUCCACUGUAUGAGUUUUUGCAGCGUGAAAAUAAGAAACUUAAAAACGCAGAAAUGGAGAAGAUAAUUGAGACGUACAAUCAGCAAUUUUCGGUUGCUUGUAACAAACAGGUCAAAGCGCAGUACGCAACUCAAGUUGACGUUGAAAACAUUACUCUGCGACUGGAGUUGACGGAGAUCCUGAACGAAAAUACAAGAUUUGUGCAGGAGAAUUACAACAAAUACUUUGUCGAUAUCAAUAUGGAGGACUAUGAAAACAAGGAAGUUCAGCGUCAGCUGCAGUACUUGACACAGAUAUCCAUCAAUAGUUUGUCAUCAAAUGAUUUCAAUGCACUUAAUACGGCACUUGGGAAAAUGCAGGACAUUUACAGUACGACAGUGAUUUGUCCCUUUGGAAAGCCGGAAUGUACAGAAGGUCAACUAAGUUUGGAUCCCCAUCUGUAUGAAGUAAUGGCCAAGUCGGAGAAUUACGAUGAGUUGCUCUAUGUUUGGAAGGAGUGGCGUGACAAGACUGGGCGACUCAUGAAGGACGAUUAUAAUGAUUACGUGCAUCUGAUGAAUAAGGCCGCUGGACUCGCUGGGCACGACGAUAUGGGAGCACUCUGGAGGCAGUCAUUUGAGCAGGAAAAUUUCGUUGAUAAGAUGAAGGCUUUGUGGGAAGAAUUGAAACCUUUCUAUGGCGAGCUCCAUAAGUAUGUGCGUAGGGAGUUGAUGAAAAUAUAUGGUGAUAAGAUGGAUGCAAAGAAUCCAAACAUUCCGGCUCAUUUGUUGGGCAAUAUGUGGGCUCAGUCCUGGGUAAAUCUGUACGAUCGUAUCAAGCCAUUUAAGAAUGCGGUUGAUCUGGAUAUUACUAAAGCUUUGAUUGAUAAGAAGUACACCGUUAAGCAACUGUUUGAUAUAUCCAACGAUUUCUACGUUGGCUUAGGUCUUCCGGAUAACAGUAUGAGCUAUGACGAAAGUCGUGGAGCUUUGAUUGAGAAGCCAACGGAUCGGGUGGUGACUUGUCACGCCUCUGCUUGGGAUUUAUGCGAUCGACAGGACUUCCGCAUCAAAAUGUGCACCCGAAUGAAUAUGGAGGACUUUGUCACGAUUCAUCAUGAAAUGGGCCACAUCAACUACUACAUUCUGUACAAGGAUCAACCUGUUACGCUGCGCGCCGGAGCCAAUCCUGGGUUCCACGAAGCGGUCGGUGAUACGAUUGCCCUGUCCGUCGCUACGCCGAAGCACUUUAAGAAGAUUGGUCUGCUGGACGACUACGAAGAUACGCACGAGAACGACAUCAACGCUCUGUUCCAGAAGGCACUCGAUCGUGUGGCCUUCCUGCCGUUUGGACUGCUGAUUGAUAUGUGGCGCUGGGAGAUCUUUGCGAACAAGGUUGAGUUUGCCGACUGGAACAAGCGCUGGUGGGAGCUGCGGGAGGAGUACCAGAUGGUAUCGGCUCCGGUAGAUCGCGACGUAGACGCGUUCGAUGCUGGUGCCAAGUAUCACAUUCCGUACGAUAGCCAGUACAUUUCUUACUUCAUCGCGCAUAUUUUGGAUCUACAACUGCACAAAGCUCUCUGCAAAGAGGCAGGUGAAUACGACCCUGAAGAUCCGGCCAAGCCGUUGCACAAAUGUGACAUCGAUGGUUCUACAAGAGCUGGCGAUCUGCUGCGGGCAGGUCUUUCCCUGGGACGUUCCGUACACUGGUCCGAAGCGCUCAAAGCUAUGACCGGUGAGACCGAACUGAAGACUGACGCUCUGCUGGAGUACUAUGCACCGCUGCACGAGUUCCUGAAGAGAGAGAACGAAAAGGCAGACAAAGACGCCGGAGUGUCGCUGGUUUUGUCCAGCAGUCUGGUCAUCGCGGUGACCGCGGUAAACUUUCUAUUGAGAUUGUUGUAAAUUAGUCAAUCGUAGAAACGAGGUUGUAAAUAAACUAUUGAACGCAAUAAAAGUGCAAUAAAUAAGA